CGGAGGCCGGCGGGAGGGCUGGGGGAAGGGACCCGGGCCUAGAACAACUGCUGACUAAUCGGCGGGCGGCGGGCGGCGGAAGAGGGGGUGGCGCGGCGGCUCGGCCGGGGUCACGCGCCCGAGUGCAGGCAGAAUGGGCUCGGGGCUCUCGGGCCUUGCCGGGAAGCUGGAGUCCCGACUCCCAGCCAGGGGCCCCACCCGGCAUUCCGGGGGCGGGGGGCGCUCUCUGCACACACAGCCUCAAGACCACCCUUGACACCUUCAGCCACGCUAUGCGUGCCCGAGGACCCCCCGGCCUACCGUCCCCGGCGCUGCCUCUCGCCUCCUCUGCCCUGAUGCUGCUCCUGAGCAGCUUGUGGCUGGUGGGGGCUGGCCCCAGCCUUGCCCUGGCCCCGGAGCUGCUGCCUUGGCAGGCGCACCGGCUGCUGACCCAUGCCCUGGGCCACACGGCCCUACCCGGCCUGCUCCUGAGCCUGCUGCUCCUGCCCACGCUGGGCUGGUGGCAGGAGUGCCACCUGGGCACACUGCGGUUCCUGCAUGCCUCUGCCCUGCUCGCCCUGGCUGCCGGGCUCAUGGGGGUACUGCUGGCAGGCCUUGGGGUGUCCAGUGCAGCCGGCGGCUGCGGCUACAUGCCGGUCCACCUGGCCAUGCUGGCUGGGCAGGGUCACCACCCUCGCCAGCCCCAGGGGAUCCUGCCACCAUGGCUCCUGCCCUGGCUGCUGCUCGCCUUGACACCACUGCUUAGCUCCGAGCCACCCUUCCUGCAGCUGUUCUGCGGCCUUCUUGCUGGCCUGGCCUACGCAGCCGGGGCCUUCCAGUGGCUGGAGCUGUCGGACCAGCGGCUGCAAGCACUGCAGGAGGGCGUCUUGUGCAGGGCCCUGGCCGGGUGCUGGCCGCUCAGACUCCUUCCUACCCCAGGCAGCCGGGCCGAGCUGCCUGUCACCCAUCCCACUGGAGUGAGGCCUCCCACCCCUGGACCUCCCUACAUGGCCUCCCCUAGUCUCUGGUUCCGCGGUGAAAGCUCAGCCCAGCGCCCGCCAGGCCUGGAGCCUGUGCAGCCAACCUGGGAAGGCUCCUCAGAGGUGGGCCUGGCCUGGGCUGGGCCCAGCUUUCCCCCAGGGACCCCGCUGUGGGCAGCCCUGGAUGAGCAGAUGCUGCAGGAGGGGAUCCAGGCCUCACUCCUUGACGGGCCAGCCUCGUGUUCUGAGAGCCCGCUAUGGCUGCCUAAGUCGUCUGUCUCCUCUCUGCGGCUGCAGCAGCUGGAGCGCAUGGGCUUCCCCACAGAGCAGGCAGUGGUGGCACUGGCAGCCACAGGCCGAGUGGAGGGUGCCGUGUCGCUGCUGGUUGGCGGGGAGGUGGGCACUGAGGCCCUGGUGAUGCAGGGGAGGGGUGGGCCCGCUCACCCUGAGGGUCCUGGUCCCCCCUAGCCCUGUCGGGGGUAGUCUGAGCCCAGCCCUGUCCGCCGAGUCGCGGUGUGGUGCGGAGACACCCCUCCGGCACCCCACCUUGGUACUGUUUAGAAUAAAGACCAGUUCAUUUUUCAGCCUG